AGCCAUCUUGUAUUCUAAGCGAGUGGAAGAAAAAAGAAAAAUAAACCUGUCUGAUAAGAACAGAAAUAAAAACGUAUUUUUGUAAAUAAAUGUCAGUAAAACGUUAACAGGACGGGUGAAGAGAGUAAGAUAAGUAUACUAUUAACUAGCUAUCUACCGAAUCUAAACGUAUCGCGUCCAUUCGACUGAUUUGCUUCCAACAGGAGAGAAAGAGAGGAACUGAGGAGACGAACCAUCGACUGAAAAAAACUGAGUCUGACCGGAGGACACGCCAUGAAUCCCGAAUAUGACUAUCUAUUCAAGCUCCUCCUGAUUGGUGAUUCUGGUGUGGGCAAGUCCUGCCUCCUGCUCCGAUUUGCUGAUGACACCUACACAGAGAGCUACAUUAGUACCAUUGGGGUCGACUUCAAGAUCCGCACCAUUGAGCUGGAUGGAAAGACCAUCAAACUGCAGAUUUGGGACACCGCCGGCCAGGAGCGGUUCCGCACCAUCACCUCCAGCUACUACAGGGGGGCCCACGGCAUCAUCGUGGUGUACGACGUCACAGACCAGGAGUCCUAUAACAACGUGAAGCAGUGGCUGCAGGAGAUCGAUCGCUACGCCAGCGAGAACGUCAACAAGCUGCUGGUGGGGAACAAGUGUGACCUCACCACCAAGAAAGUGGUGGACUACACAACAGCCAAGGAGUUUGCGGACUCCCUGUCCAUCCCCUUCCUGGAGACCAGCGCUAAGAACGCCACCAACGUGGAGCAGGCCUUCAUGACCAUGGCUGCCGAGAUCAAGAAGCGCAUGGGCCCCGGGGCCACGGCCGCGGGGGACAAGCCCAACCUCAAAUUCGACAGCACCCCAGUGAGACAGUCCGGGGGCGGCUGCUGCUAAGGACUCUCCCCCCCUCCCCGCUCGCCCUGCCCUGACCCGUCCUCUCCACUCUCCACUCUCCUCCCCCUCCUCUUCUCUCCCUCAUCUGCCCUUUCUUCUCCUGGAGAGAGGGAUGAGAGGAGGAAGAGUGGAGGGCAUGGGUAAGGACUCCUGACUCACUGGCCCUCCAGCUCUAUUAUUGUCCCCCUUAUACAGAGCUAGAGACGGACUGAGAGAGAGAGAGAGAGAGGGAGGGAGGACAUGAGAGGGCACACAUUUCAGCCAUUUUGGACCUGCCCCCACUCCCCUUUACAGAGGGAAGAGAAGAAACAGAUUGGACUUGUUAGUGGGAGAGGGGCAAUGCCAUUAGUUUCAGAUUACAGUUUACAUCUCUCACACACACACACACACACACACACACACACGGGCCCACACACACACAGGCAUACAUUUUUGGGUGACAGAAAAUAAAUUUGUAUUUGUCAGAGGUAGAGAACAUGUCACCCGCAUUAAAGAAAACUGUUAAAGAAGAUAUUGGCAAUAUUCAGCAUUCUCAUCAUAACUGUCAGGUUUUUAUCGUUAUUAUUGUUAUCACAGUGGUGUUUUUUUUAUUUUUAUUGUCUGAUUUUUCUUUUUAAUCUAGAAUGCUUGUACAGCUCACAAACAAACAUUGACAUUGGAGGUUUGAUUCUUCAGGCUUUUUGUUUUUGUCUUUUUUUUUUUUUUUUUUUUUUUUUUUUUUUGGGUGUUAUGGAGAGGUUAUUCUGGAUGAGGGUUGUAAGUGAAGGAUAUGCUAUUCUCUCCAGUAUCUGAGUUCUCUCCGGAGUCUUGUGCAGAUAGAGCGUGACCACCGUGCCCUGCUCCUGCUGGUGCUACGCCGUGUAUGUCUUCAUAAGGACCAGACCUCCACCCAACCGUGGGGAAUGGCUCCCACAGCUGAAACCUGCCUUUGAGUCCGGUUUAAACGGCAUUAGUCGGUCGGUUGGACUGAUGGCACCUUGGUUCCGCGGCCGUCUGUGGUUUUCGGGUUUUCUCUCCCGCGGUACCGCUCGUCCUUCACGCCCGUUUCCCGGUCCCUCGCGUCGGCGGUCGCCGGUCCACUCGACCGCAGGCGCGCAAAUCUCGGGGUGAAGCGGUUGUGCUGCGGAGGUGUGGCCAAGUGCACGCCUGACCCAAGUUUUCACUUUUAAAGGGCUGCACUGAAUUCUGGGUAUUCUUCUGCCUGGGUCAGCACAAGGUCUCCCUCUCGUUCUGAUACCUGCUCGGAAAAUGCGCUGGAGUUCACCUUCAAGACAAGACCGUGGGUUCUUCAGAUCUGUUUGCCUGACCAAUAGCUGGCAACCGCAGGCUAUUUGAGUGAGCUUGGCUUCUUCUUCAUUUCUUUUUUGGCCUUUUCCCUUUUUUUUUAUUUUUUUUUUAUUUACCUCAGGCUACCUGAUUUCUUCUGUUAGAUUUGUAUUCCUGGAACACGGUUAAGAGUUUCUGUCUUUAAUCACCGGUCUGCAGUCUGAGAUUGUGAAUGUAGGGAGGGGUGAAAUGGAAUGUGCUCGUGGCAUUUUGACCUCUGGGCGUCUGCCCCCCCCCCCCCCACCUUCCUCGAGCGUUGUUCCUCCUGUGCGGGUCUCGGGCCUUCUCUAGCUCUCGUGGCCGUGUGUCAUUCCUCUAAAGCACAGGUGUCCAACUCCAGUCCUGGAGGGCCGCAGUGUCCGCUGGUUUUCGGGUUGUUCUCAGAACCUGUGGUGCAUUUAAGUCAUUGAUUGGCUAAAGAAUCGACACUCCUUGUUCUGGAGGCCUUAAUUGACAGCUGAUUGAAAGGAAACCUCAAAAACCAGCAGAUACUGCGGCCCCUUUGGGAUUCAGUUUGACACCCCUGCUCUAAAGCAUUCCUCUGAUGUGUCAGGCGAGUGGGGAAUCUGCAGCCCCUGCUUCCUACGCCCCUCUCUCCCUCUCCCUCUCCCUCUCCCUCUCCCUCUCCCUCUCCCUCUCCCUCUCACUCUCUGCUGCUCUGGGUGGUGUCGCGAGUGUCCUUUCACGAGGCUGCUUUGUCAUGUUGUCAGACACACGUGCUGUUUUUUUUUACUAUGCUCUCAUGAAACGGUUAUUAAAAAAAAAAACUA